AUGUUGGAGUACAUGAGCUAUCAGAAGUACAAGAAGUACAAGGAUAAGAAAGAGGCGAAAGAAGCAGAGGAGAAAGCCAGGAACAACGGUAGGCUGCCCGAGCCGAAACUAGAUGCUCCUGGGCCUGUCCUAUCAAGCGACGACGAGGCGUUUCUGGAAGCCAUACUGUCCAGCUCCGACGAGGGUCUUCCUCCUCCUCUUCCAAUGCGCCCGACUUUUGAUCGCUCUUCAUACUCGGACAACUCAUAUCUGCAUUCCGACUCGCGUGACAGGAUGAGCGAUGACGUCGCCAGCACCAGCGCCAGUACGACUACCGCCACCAAAUCCAAAACCAAAGAAAAAGAGAAGGUGAAGAAGAAGCGCACUUCACACAAUCCGAUUUCCUUCCUCCUCAACCGCAAAGACAGGGAAAAGGACAUGCAACUCGUCCCCGUCGUACCGCUCGAAGAGGCGGACCGAGAGCGCGAAGACCUGAGCCGCGUCCUCGAGGACCUCAACCUCAGCGCCAAGAACAACAAGGCGUUCGCCCUGUCCGCCGAGUCCAACGAACUGGUCCGGAAGUUCACCCUCGUUCUGAAGGACCUUGUCAACGGCGUCCCCACCGCCAUCGACGACUUGAAAAACCUCAUCGAGGAUCGUGACGGCACCUUGAAGAAGAAUUACGACAAGUUGCCCUCCAGCAUGAAGAAGCUCGUGGCCCAGCUGCCCGACAAGGUGUCCGAAAAUAUGGGACCCGAGUUUAUGGCCGCCGCUGCCAGGGGCCAUGGCUUGAAGGCCGACGAGGUUCCCCAAGGCAGCUCCAUGAAAGACGCCGCCAAGUCUCUUUUCAUGCCCAAGAACCUGCAAGACAUACUCACGAAGCCCACUGCCAUCAUUGGCAUGCUGAAGUCCAUCGUCAGCUUCCUCAAGCUCCGCUGGCCUGCCUUUAUCGGCGUUAAUGUGGUUUGGAGCGUGGCAAUAUUUCUCCUGUUACUCGUGCUUUGGUAUUGCCAUAAGCGCGGACGCGAGGUGCGUCUUGAGCGCGAGAGAUCAGCACAAAGCAUCGACGGUCGCAGUCGCGUGGAAGAGCUUCCCGACGACCCGAUGCUUCCUGCUCCCUCGUCGCGGAGAUCUUCUCGUGGCAGCGACUCCACUCGCAGGAGUUCUCGCCACCAUAGCGGUACCAACACCCCUAGGAUUGACGAGAAUUCUGUCCGUGCAGGCCCCCGGCGCCGCCAUACUCAGAGAUAA